GAUAGAUAGAUAGAUGGAUAGAUAGAUAGAUGGAUAGAUAGAUGGAUUGGCAGAUAGUCUCAUAGAGUUCCAGCUGUGAUUUCCAGGGUUUGUUCAGUUACAUUAUGUAAUAACAUUGCCUCUCUCUUUACAGUCAGGAAACUUCUCUACUUCCUUCAGAACAACCGUUAGCUGCCAGGCUUCUGUUUAUCAUUUCCCAUCAACAGAUUAUGUCAGAUUUUGAAAGAUCAGGGAUUGAGAGUGUGUGUGGGAGGGGCAGUGAAACUCAGAGGAACUUCAUAUACAGAGCGCUCGCUGCAGCUGAAGUCAUUCACAGCUACAGGAAGAAGGAAACACAACUUGAUAAAACACUUACUGUCACUGCAGCUCUCAAUGGACUGGGCCCUGUUUGUAAUUUUGCAAGUCUUAUUUCAGCCAUCGCUCUCAGACCUGUUCACGGUUGAGGCGGAUCGGAACACGUACGAGUCGGAGUUCGGAAGAGACGUGGUGAUGGGCUGCAGGUUUCAGCCUCUGCCGUCAAAUUCUGACCAAGACCUGAAGGUAGCCUGGCACUGGAUCAAAAGUGGCGAUUCCCGGGACGUGUACCGGAUAAAUAACGGCGUGGAGCAGCCUGCAUCUCCGGAGUAUCAGGGCCGAGUAACACUCCUCAAAGAGCAGCUGAGAAAUGGCAGGGCCAAACUAAAGCUCUCCAAUCUCCAGAUCAACGACUCCGGGACGUACCAGUGUUUGGUGGAGACGGCAAAAGGAGCCGACUAUAAGACGAUAACUCUGUCUGUUGUAGCACCUUAUAAAUCAGUGACUAAACGCAUAGAGAAGGAGGGGCAUCACGUGCUGUUGACCUGUCAAUCAGAGGGAUACCCCGAGUCCUCUGUUGUGUGGCAGGACGGACGCCUGCAGGGACUCAAACCCAACACCACCGCUGUACCAACUGCAAACCAGCUGUUUAAUGUCACCAGUCAGAUACGUGUCAGUGCACGGGACAAAAACAACUACACAUGCAACUUUACUACCGACAGCCGCUUCGCCACAUUUCAAGUUCCAGAUGAAAUACCGAUUUCGCCGAUGAAAAACGAGGCUCUCUACAUCAUUCUAAAGAUUGGAGCCGUAAUGAUCGUGAUCAUCGCUGGCGUGCUCAUCUACAGACGACGAAAAGGAUCCAUCGCUCUGAGUGUCAGGAACCUUCUGGGUGUUCAUCCGGGUCGACCUUGUCCUUCUGCCGCCUGUGAGUCACAAAUAAAUACAGAAGACGAGGAGGAGAAAACAGUUUUCAAUGAAUAUGGAAUGGAGGAAAAUCUGGGGGUGUUUCUGAAAGCGCAUUAUUCCGACACCUUCGGUAAAGAGUCGAGUCGCCCGUGGGACGUUGUCACCAUGGAGGAGUUACCCCCCAGGCUUGAAAACAACAAGGGCCAGUACAUAAAACUUCAAGAUGUACUCCCAGAAGCUGGAGAGACACUUUUCCUCGAGGGACCUCCAGGGAGCGGGAAGACGCACCUAGCCCAGAUCCUGGUGUCUUCUUGGACGGAGGGACGGACAAACCUCAUCGAUCUCAGCACCCUCCGACUUCUCGUUCACGUCGACUGCAGCUCUGUGGAGGGCGAACUGUUCCAGGAAGUGAUGUCUCAACUCUCACUGAUGAACAAAACGACAGCGGACGAGCUGAGGACAGUGUUAACCCGGUGCAGCGAGGCUCUGCUGCUGUUGGACGGGUACAGAGAAGGAAGAAGAACUUUUGAUGAGUCCUUAAAGAGGUUCCUGAGUGAGAGGGGGGGCUGCAGGCUGCUGGUUUUGGCCUCGCCUGCAAACUGCCCCACGCUCAAGGCGGCAUGUGGAACAGGAAGGAUCCUGAGGCUCGAGACACAAACUGUUUGAUACCAAUUUAUGGCUUCUUGUUACGUUUUGAUUAUUUUUGUAUUCAUAGUGUGCACGAUGCUUUGUUUUUGUAGAAGUUGUUGUCUGGUCAAAUUUUUCAAAAGGCCAAAUGCUGCAAUAUGUAAAUUUAAAGUAUUAUUCAUUUACAUUCAGAUUUUGUGUUCUGUGUUUUUUCACAAGUUUAUAAAAAAAACGAAUGUAGCUCCAUCUUAUUAUAUCUCAGCGCCGGGACAUGCCGGAGUCAAUACACUGUCACUUUGACUCAAGGAUUAACAUUUUAGAAUUUGGUGGUCAGAGGUCAAAGGUCACAGUGACCCCAUAUGUGUCCGGAAAACGAAUGUAUUUGAACUGAAACUGCACUUAUUGGUGGACGCUUACAACUGAAGGGUGAUCAUUCCAGUGUUAUCACUUUACAGUUUGCACAAGUCAUGAAACUCCUGGUAGAGAUUUCGGCUAUACUUUAAACUCUGGCUCCAUUAAAUGUGAUAGUUCACAAACGUUGUUUCAGUUUCUGUUCUGUGUCAGAGCAGGAGAAAAAGAAAGAUCAUUAUUAGGGUCAGUUACUGCAAGCUGUUAGAGUAAACGGGAAAUGACUCAGUGUUCCUGGCAUGAGACUCUGCUGAUGCCAGUAACAUUGGAUUUUAUUUCUGUUUGUUCUUUAUUUCUGGUAACUCGUUCUUACAUGUGAACGAAUGAAUGAAUCAGUCAGUCUUUCUCUCGGUCAGCAUCCUAUUCUGUGUGUGUGUUUCAACAACUGUAAAAAUUAACCCUUCACACAUAGUGAGAGAGGAAACUUUCAAAUGUCUGUGUGAUUUAUCUCUGUAGCUGACCCCAUGCGAGCUCCACUCCCCUUCUCUCACUCCACAAAAUCCCCUGAAUGUCCCUGGGUGUAGCCAACGUCAGCUGGGAUUGACUCCAGCCGACCCCAAGACCCCCAAAAGAUAAGCCGCACAACUAAUGGGUGGAAGGAUAUGCAAAGUACCUCUUUGACCAUAUUAGGAAUGUUUGCCACAACUGUAAAUGCUUCUUAAAGCUGCACUUGUAUAUAUAUAUAUAUAUCAUGCAAAUUUUUAUGAUGGCACACGGUCAAAGAAUUACAAGCAAUGGAAGGUUUUUGAUUUUAUAAUUAUCAUCCAACUCUUCCUCUUAGCUCUACAGUUCCUUUUAGCAUCUUUCAGCUAAUUGUUCAGGUUUUAUGCCCCCCCCCCCCCCCCCCCACUGUCAUUCACCUUGUUUUUAUUCACAGUAAGAAGCUUAGAAAGGUGAAAAGGUUUUGACAGCCAUCACAAAUGACGGCUUUGUUAAUUUCCGUAACAUAUUGUGGUGACAACUGUUAAGAAGAAUUACUGCAUGAAGUCAGAAUCAAGGGAAACACCAAACAAAUUGCAACAUUUUGGAAAACACAAAUAUACCGGAACAAACAAAAACCAGUGGUUUAUGAUGUUCGACGAGAAGCCUGUCAAACAGGGUUUCCCCAACCGUGAGGUCUAACUGUAAACUGCUUCUUUUUUUUUAAAGUAUUGCCAUUCAUUUCUACAAAAUGUCUAUUCCAAAAGGAAAAUGUGUGGUUUCCUGUCUACAUCAUAAUUUCACUAGAUGGUGCCAUCCCCCCUUUAAUGACGGCUCAGUGUGUCGCUGGAUACAGAAGCUGGACAAUGGCUCUACAAGUGUAAUGAUAUCUACACAAAGAAACAUUUCUAUGUGAUGGGGUUUUAUGAUGCUCAUGUCAUGUUUACAUGAUGUAAACAGAUAUGACAAUAAAUAUCAGAUGCAAUCAUGA